AUGAAAAUGAAAAGUAUUAGAGUUUUGCAUGUACUUGUUGUCCCUAUCGUACUCUUCUUGGUUUGUUCCCAGAAUUCUAUGGCACACAGGAGAUCAAUGCUGUCCAUUUCUAAAAAACCUGACCCAAAUGAUGCUAUUGCCACCGCUCGGAUGUCAACUGGAUGGGGUGGGGGCGGAGGAUGCCUUCCCUCCCCAUUCCCAAACCUUAGAUUUGCUGAAAGCACAAUCUCAAUUGAUUUGGGUGGAGCACCCUGGGGGAAUGUGGUAUCAUUUAGUGAUGGGAUACCUGACCAAGGCACUGGCAUCCCAUACUUUUACUUGACAAAUUUGGAUCCAACAGUAAAAAAUGCAUUGAAAGACCAAAGAGCUUCCUUUACAGUCAGUGAAUAUCCUCUUGGGACCUGUGGCAAGAUAGACCCAGAGAAUCCUACCUGCUCAAAAAUUACUCUAACAGGAAAGCUGAUAUUGGUUGAUGAAAAGUCCAAAGAAGCUGAAUUUGGCAGAAAUGCAUUGUUUUCCAAGCAUUCAGAGAUGAAAGGCUGGCCUACGGAUCAUAACUUUCAAGUCUACAAAUUGGAGAUUGAAAAUAUAUUCUUAAUUGAUUGGUUUGGUGGUCCAAAACCUUUAACAGUAGAUGAGUACCUAAAGUGGAAAGGACAUUGAGAUAGCAUAGCUGUUACUUAGACCUCUCAAUUAAAUAAGCAAACAUCUAUCUAUCUAUCUAUUCUUAUCAUAUAAAAGUUGAUAUAAACCUAUUAUAGAAUAAGCUUGUUAAUGAAAAGAAACAUAACUUCUUAGAA